AUGGCGGAAAAAAUUGUUGUGGAUUCCAAUUACUACACUCUAACCCAGGACUGGGAACCCGAAGAUUUUCAGUCAUACCAGGCUAUGAAGGAAGAUGACUAUUGGAGUCCUUCCGAUGAGCAGCAAUUCGAGGCUUUUGAGAUUGGUCAUAUGAUGUUUCUGGUGUUAGACCAUGACCGAGAAAAGCCUCUCCACCACGCUCCCAUCGGCAAAUAUCCUCAGCACAUUCUGGACAUUGGGACUGGUAAAGGAACAUGGGCUAUUGAUAUGGCAGAUACGUAUCCAUCAGCAACUGUCCGUGGCGUCGACAUGUUUCCCCCUCCCGUGACAUGGAUGCCACCUAACUGCGUCUUCGAAGUGGACGAUAUCCUCCGUGACUGGACCUGGAGAGAACCAUUCGACUUUAUCCACAUGCGUCUAAUGCUAGGAUCGUUCACACCUGAGGGAUGGGAUCAACUAUACAAGCAGUGCUACGACGCUCUCACCCCAGGCGGCUGGAUCGAACAGGUCGAAUUAGACGUGCGAGUACACAGCGACGACGGCAGCCUACAAGAAGACAGCACUCUAGCCACAUGGGGAGAUAACUUUAUUGGCUGCUCCGAGCGAGCCGGCCGCUCCCUCCUAACGCAGGAGACGAUGCGAGGCGCAAUGGAGAAGGCUGGUUUUGUCGAUGUGCAAGAAAAGCUAUACAAGAUUCCUCUGGGGCCGUGGCCAAAAGAUAAGGUUCUCAAGGAAGUUGGACAGCUUCAAUACGCCCACUGGCUUGCGGCGUUGGAGGGCUGGGCUAUGUGGUUGCUCACAAAGUUCGGCGCACCCUCUCCUUGGACUAAGGAGGAGGUCCAGGUCUAUUUGUCGAACGUUCGGGCUGAGCUGAGAAAUCCUCGCACACAUGCUUAUGAAUAUUGGUACGUUUCUGAUAGGAGUAUGGGUACCGUGAGAGGUUAUAUUUUGCUGAUCGUGUUUAGUCGCCGAGUCUGGGCUAGGAAGCCUACGGAGGAGGAAAUGGCCAAUGUGGUGAUCAAGACUGAGUCUGGGGUUUGA